AUGGAGAAUAAUCAUCACAACCGUGGCAACAACGAAAAACCUUAUCGAUGCAGUUUUUGCAAGAGAGGAUUUCCAAAUGCGCAAGCGCUUGGAGGGCACAUGAACAUCCAUAGGAAAGAAAGAGCCAAACUCCGAGAAGAUCAACUUAUGAUGAACGCCGAUCAUUCUCAUUCACGUGAGCUUGAAUUGAAGCUAGAUGAUCAUCAUUCAAGUAGUGAUAAAACAAUUAUUCGGUCAAAAUUAAGUCCUAAGAGAGAAGCGCCGGUUUUGAUGAUCAAGACUUCAACGGAAGAAAAGACCGAGGCCUUAAAAGAAAGGUGUGACGACAACGAUGAAAAUAUAGAUAGAGUUUCACAUUUAAUUGUAGACAAGGAUAUUCGGAUUGACCUUGAACUUCGAUUAGGGUUACAAACAUUGUUAAGGGAUGCAUGA